GCUCACGCCUCUGCUCGAGUGCGGGCUGCACAAUAUCCACCGUUUGUCCCCGUGCAGCGCAAGAGCCCGCUCACCGAUCUCAGCCAGCUGCUUCUUCGGAUCGCCCGCCAUCGACCCCGACCGCGCCCACCUCCUACCUCUUCCAGCCAUGGCUUCUUACGGGCAGCCGUACGGGGCGACCUCGCCCCUCAUGCAGCACGCUUCGCCCUCGCCGUUCCCGACGACGACCCCCCAGCAGGCCGCGAACAUCCAGCCGGGCUCGAUCACCUACACCACCACCGUCGGCAACGAUGGCCAGGUCGUCUACCACCCAUUCAAAGCGGUCGCAGCAAGCUACCAGACUCCCCAGGGCGUCGUGAACGGCAUCCAGUGGAUUCCCGCGGAGGCCACCUCGGUCGUGCCGUCCAAUGCCACACCCGCCGGUGCAGAUCUCGCCGCCUCGUUCGGCCGCAACCCAGACGCCCGAUCAUACGGAGCGCGCGACGACGACUACCGCCGCAAAAACGACCUCUCCCGCGGCUCCAUCUACGACCGCGGCGACCGGCGCGACCGCGACCCCCGCGACCGCUACGACGACGAGCGCGACCGCGACGACGACUACUACCGCCGCCCAGUCGACCGCGAGCGCGAGCGCGACCGCGCCGAGCGCGAACGCGACCGUGCUGAACGCGAGAGGGACCGCCGCGGCAGCACGUACGGCGGCGCGCCAGUCGUCGGCGGGGCCUACGGGCAGUACGACAAGUACGACACCGCCACCGCGGAGCUCGAGCGGCGCAUGCGCGACGUCGAUCUCGACCGCCGCGAGCGCGAGCGCGACUACGAGCGCGAUCGCGACCGCACCGCGCGCUCGCGCCGCAACUCCGUGUACGGCGGCGCGGACCGCCCGACGUCGACGUACCAGCCCGCCGCGGGGGGCGCCUACGGUGCCGCCCCAUAUGGGUCCUCCGCGCCGUACACUGCGGCGGCCGGGGGCGCGUACCCGACCUCUGCUGCGUACCACCCGCCCUCGCCGCGUCCUGGGGACAUACUCCCGCGGGCGGCGUCCCCGUACCGCGUUGGGGGCGCCCUGCCGCGUCCUUCGUCUCCGUACCAGGUCCCGAUCGCCCCACGGCCGGUGUCCCCGUACCAGUCUGGCGGUAUUCCGCGGGCUGCGUCUCCCUUCCAGGCCGCGUCGAUCCAGCGUGCGGCCUCUCCGUACGGCGGUGGCGGAAUCCAACGUGCAGCCUCUCCCUACGGCUCUGGAGGCGGGAUCCAGCGUGCGGCAUCGCCCUACGGACCUGGGGGCGGGAUCCAGCGCGCAGCAUCGCCAUACGGCAACGCGAUGCGCCCAGGCGCAUCUCCCUACGGCGGGGCAGCGCCGCUCCCCGGUGGCGGCAGCAGCGGCGUCUACCCCCCGGGGCACGUCCUCGAAGGCCAGCCGCUCCGCUCGCACUCGCGCGCCCCGAGCCCGAGCCCGUACGGCCAGCCCGGCGGGCCCGUCAACAUCUACUCAAACCCGCAGACGUCGUCGAUCUACGGCUCCGCCCAGCCCGGGGCGUACGGCGCAUCGUCCGGGGCGUACGGCGCGUCGUCUGGCGCAUACGGAGGGGGGUACGGAGGCGGGGGCGGAAUCGCCGCGCACGCAUCGCCGCGCAUGGGGGGCGGGGCGGGCAUGCCGAUCCCGCCGCAGGAGCAGGCGGCGAUGCUGACGGUGCCGGAGGGCUUUGCGCGCCCGCCGAACCGCGCGCAGCCGUACACGCACUUUGAGAUCAUGAAGAUCCAGGAUAUGGAUGACUUCCUGGACGUGAUCCCGCGCAUGCCUGCUGUGCUUGUCCCGCACGACGUGUAUCACGAGGACUGGAUCCGGCUCAUGCAGGACCUGGCCAUGGCGUGGGCCGGCACGCUCCCCGUCCCGCAAUACUCCGCCGACGGGCGCGCGCCGAAACGCUCGACGCUCGCGGCGGACGUGAUCGACCUCUGGAACGCGUCCUUCUUCCGCGCGCGCGGCGUCGAGAUGGUGCUGUACAAGGGCCGCGAGCGGCGCUCGGGGCGCAUGGCGGGCACGGUCGACAUGCAGCUGCCCGGGUUCGACGAGUACGACGUGUCGUCCCCGUCCGAGUCGUCCGACGGCGACGACUCCGCGGAGGAGCGCCUGCGCGACCGCGACCGCUACGGCGCCGCGGGCGCGUACGGCCGCCAGGCGGAGGCGGAGCUGCGCGAGGCGAGAAGGGCAAGGAGGGAGCGCAAGGCGGACCGCAAGAAGCGCAAGAUGGAGAAGAAGGUGCGGAAGCGCGCGAAGGAGCUCGACAGGACGUAUGCGGUGUUCCUGCAUGCGGUCCAGCCUGAGGUUAUGUAGGGCAUGCAUAUUGGGGAGGGUCUGAUCACAUCUAUGAGGGGGCGGGCAAGGAAAACAAGAAGUUGAUUUCGACAUAUGUACUUAUGAUAUAGACUCUGUCAUGACUCGUGUAUGGGAUGGAUAGCUGCUGUGUUAUACCACAUAUUCCUGUUUCUCAUCGCUGUCUCAAUAUAUGUACGGCAACGUUGACCUGUUGAGG